AUGACUUACUACAACAUUGUUUACUUCAUCUACAGUUGAAAAAUGGAAAGUACAUAAUGUAUGGUUCAGUUUUAGAAAAGGGAUAGAACAAUUCUAUCAGAAUGUCACAGUAGACAAAAAGAAUAUGAAACAGAAUUCAACUGAGUCAACUUUUUAUUAUUUUAGAAUGUAUGGUUUUGUGAAUCGUGAUGUUAGAAGCAGUGUCUAUAAAGCAGUCUCCAAUUUUCUGGUAGAGAAUUGUGGUGAGGAUUGGAGGAAAAUGCCAGCUAACUCAGCAUCUUUUAAUCUGAUGUUUGGAGAAAGAAAUAAAUUGCCAUUUGGAAGAUUAGGUCAUGAACCUGGACUUUUUCAGUUGGUGAAUUAUUACAGAGGAUCUGAUAUGAUAUGUAGAAAAACUGCAAUGAUCAGGGUAUUUAAGGAAGAACUGAAAAGACGACCAGGUAUGUUUCCAAAAUGGCUUCCAAUGUCAUUUAUUAUAUGUCCAAAGAAAAUAUCCGAGAAUGCUACAAAGAUGGGAGAGGCUUCUGUAGCAGCAAUGAGAAAGGUAGCAAGACCUGAUGAUAGACAGGAACUAGUAGAGACUGAUGCAGCAUUGGUACAACAAGAAAGGAAAAGAAUUGUUUGGAUAGCUAAAUCUGCUGCAGGAGCAAAAGGUGAAGGUAUAAGAAUCUCACAAAAUGUUGAUGAACUGAUUGCAUUUAUAGAUACACAGGCACAAGGCUUUAUAGUCCAAAAAUACAUACUAAAUCCAUUUCUGCUGGAUGGAGACAGGAAGUUCGAUAUUAGAUGUUGGGUAUUGCUGGAUAACAAUUACAAUGUGUAUUACUUCAAAGAAGGAGUUCUUCGCACAGCAUCAGAGAGUUAUAAACCCGAGAAUUAUAAUGAUGUCACAAGCCAUCUAACAAAUCACUGCUUACAGAAAGAAUUAUCAGCAAACUUUGGUGAAUAUGAAACUGGAAAUGAACUAUUUUUUGAUGAAUUCAACAGUUACCUAAAGAAAAAGACACGUAUGACAAUGGACAACACUAUUGUUCCACAAAUCAAAGAAAUAAUAAAAAAGGUGCUACUGAUGAUAAAAGAUAGAAUUAGCACAAACAUGUUGGGUUAUGGUAGUUUCCAGCUGUUUGGCUUUGACUUUUUAUUGGAUAGUCAGCUUCAGGUUCAUUUGAUUGAAAUAAAUGGAGCACCAGCUUGUGCACAAAAAUUACUUCCAGAUUUGGCCAGAUCUAUAGUACAAACAGCCAUUGACCCAGUCUUUAAACCAAAGUCACCAAAAGGAAGGGGAGAUAAUUGGUUUUCUAAAAUAUGAUAUAUUAUAUUUGUGUUGGGCUAUUUAAAGUAAAUAUUCUGGUUCUCAGAUAAUGCUUCCUUUGAAAAAAAUCGACUGCUGACUUAUAUUUAUCAAUGAACAAAAGUAGAUAGAAUGUGUAUAAAAUUCAAGUUUAAUUUUACUGCCUUUGAAUUGGUAAAAGAGCAAUAACUCUAACAGUAAACUUAGUGUGUAAUGCUUGAACAUCUAAUUGUACAAAAGAAAUUCCUGUGAAUUCAGCAAACAUAGUUUAAAUUAAAUUUAUUUCUAUGACAGUUUUCAGUAGGGUAAUACAUCUUUCCCUGGAUAAUCAUAUGGAUACAGAUAGCACUAAUGAUCGGUGCAUAGCAGUUCUCUGAAUUAGGGUUGUGAUGGUUUUGGAAGACUUCAAGAUAUACAGAAAGAUAAAACCCAUUCAACAAUAAUGAACAUACAAAAUUGUGAUGAUCAUUUGUCAAUCUGAAAGACUUAAUCAUCUGACUUUGACACAGUCUUUAUAUUCAUGAAUGUCAGCAAUGUCACUUUAGCUUCUUGAUAGAUACAUGUGUUUCAAUAUACAGUAGAAAUGUUUAUCUACAGGCUAUAGAUUUUGAUAGCUGUCAAAGUACCACUGCAAAUCAAGAAGUGUAUUUCCAAAAAAGAAGGAUAAUUGAAAAUAUAAAAGAGAGUGUUUGAUAAUGUAAUUAAUGAUUGUCUGAGAAAUACAAAUCAUGGAGUUCGUCAUUCCCCUAUACUCUUUAUAAGUCAAUACUACAUGUAUUAUAAUUAAUACAGUGUAUAAUAUAGUAACUAAUAGAGAAAGAUGUCAAAUAGAUUCUUUGGCUAGACAAGCAUUGCAAGGAAUAGAGGUUAAUGAGAUAUCUAACUCAAAUAUACCAACCUUGUGGUGUUUGCAUAGCUUUUUAAAACAAUAUUUAUCAGGUAGGUUCAGAGUGAAGAAUGUAAACCCAAAGAUCUAUAAAUACAAUGAGAGCAAUGUAAUCAGAAGAGGCCCUGAAAAAAGGAUAAAAUAUCAAUUCUAUGUUAUUUGUAUGCCCCCGCAGUAGCGGAAGGGGGCAUUAAGUUUUACCCUUGUCUGUCUGUACGUACGUAUGUACGUCCCAAAUUUAGUUUCCGUUCUCUAACUUUAAUUUGCCUCAACCAAAUGUUAUGAAACUUAUACACAAUGCUUAUAACCACAAAACACAGAUCAAGUUUGAAUUUUGGUGGCAUCACUUUAACCGUUUUAGAGUUAUGCCCCUUUACAAAUGAAAAAAUUGCUGAAUUUUUUCGUUUCUGUUCUCUAACUUUAAUUUGCCUCAACCAAAUGGUAUGAAACUUAUACACAAUGCUUAUUACCACAAAACACAGAUUAAGUUUGAAUUUUGGUUGCAUCACUUUUAUCGUUCUAGAGUUAUGCCCCUUUAUAAAUGGAAAAAUUGCUGAAUUUUCUGUUUCCGUUCUUUAACUUUAGUUUGCCUUAACCAAAUAUUAUGAAACUUAUACACAAUUUUUAUAACCACAA